AUGAUUCAUUGUGGAGCAUUCCUGGAGAAAGUACAAACCGCACCACUCGUUGGUGGUGACAGUGAUGAUGAUUAUGAAGAUGAAGAGAUUGGGGUUCCGAUGAAUUCAUCAUCAAAUCCGAUUGGAAUUGAAGGGAGCUCUAAAGUAAGCACUUCUUGCACACCUCCCUCUUCAUGCUCCCCUCUCUUCCAAUUCAUGAUGCAACAACAAAUGCAAAAAUUGAGAAAUAAUCAAAUGGCCUUAAAUUCAAAAAGAUCUUCCAACUCAAACAACAUGUUCUCAAAACGAAGUCAUACAAAGAAUAAGAAACAUUCUAAAAACAACGUUGAUAUGACACAUGAGGAUGAAGACUUUGAGGACAUUGAGGAAGAGUCAAGUAGUAAUCGUGUAUUUGUUAAACAUGGAUCUACCUCAUCAUCUCCACCUGUUCCUAUAAUCCUUCGUUUCAAUCGAAAGAGCCCAAGACAAAUUUCAGAUUCCAACAAAGUACAUCUAACAGAAAAUAAUACUCAAAAAGCUCCCAAGAAUAUUUCUCGAAGGACCAAAAGCUAUGGAGGAACAUCUUCACAUUAUAACAAGAAACAAUAUGGUAAUAAUAGAAAAACAGAAGAAAAUACCCUAAUACUACAAAAAAUCAAAGUUUAA